UCUGUGCUGAAGCAGCUGCAGGUGGAAGCCUUCCAAGAUCUCCACUCCAACACCACCAAAGCCACUGAGCUCCUCCUGCAGACCACCGAAGCCCUUGUGCUCCAAGCGGCCCUCAAAGACCCCAACUCCAGCUCCCAAAACAUCACCACCUCCACCAUGGAUGCUGUGGUGGAGGUGGUGCAGGACAACUGUUCCCAGACCAUGCUGGUGUUAGCGGUGGGUGAGGAGAACCUGACCAUCAGCUGCCAUGAGGUGGUAAGCAAUGCCCAAGCAGGUAAGUGGGUGGUGGCCUUCAUCGUCUACAAGGAGGUAGAGGAGCUGCUGAACAGUAUCACGGAUUUACACCAGGAGAAACUCAACUCCAACGUGGUGGGCGGCACCAUGGGACAACCCAGCAUCACCUUCAACAUCACCUUCAACAUCACCCUGCAGCACCGUACAGAGCUCCGGGCGGGCGAGAAGCCGCGCUGUGUGUACUGGCAGCCCGUGGGCACUGAAAGUCACUGGAUGUCCUCAGGUUGUACCCACGUCGGAGGUGACACCCACCACUCCAUCUGCACCUGCACCCACUUCUCCACCUUCGCCAUCCUCACCGCCAUCCACCCCAUCACGGAGAGCUUCGCGCUGAUGGUGGUGACCUACGUGGGGCUGUCGGUGUCGCUGGUCUGCCUCUUCCUCGCCAUCAUCACCUUCCUCCUGUGCCGCUCGCUCUGGAGUGUCAGUGUCAUCCUCCACCUGCAGCUCAGCAUCUGCCUCUUCACUGCCAACCUCCUCUUCCUCGUGGCCGUGCCCCGCACUGCCAACCGGCUGGUGUGUGCCAUCAUGGCGGGUUUCCUCCACUACCUCUUCCUCGCCUGCUUCGCCUGGAUGUUCCUGGAAGGUUUGCACCUCUUCCUCACUGUCAGGAACCUGAGUGUCCUCAACUACACCAGCGCCAAUCGCUUCAGGAAAAGAUACAUCUACCCCGUGGGCUACGGCACGCCAGCCAUUGUGGUGGCCAUCUCCGCUGCCGUCCACCCAGGCGGCUACGGCACUGAGCACUACUGCUGGCUGAGCAUGGAGGGAGGUUUCAUCUGGACGUUCCUUGGUCCCGUCUGCGUCAUCGUCCUGGUUAAUUUGCUGUUUUUUCUCACCACCCUGUGGACUCUACGGGACAAACUCUCUGCCCUCAACGCUGAUGUCACAGCCCUAAAAAACACCCGGUUGAUGACGUUCAAAGCGCUGGUGCACAUCUGUAUCCUGGGCUGCACGUGGAGUCUGGGCUUGAUGCAGGCACAGGGGGACAACAUAGUUGUGGCCUUCAUCUUCACCAUCGUCAACAGCCUACAAGGAGCCUUCAUCUUCCUUGUGCACUGUGUCCUCAACCGGCAGGUGACAGAGCACUACCGGCGCUGGUUUAGGGCGCUGGGACGACGAGCACAACCUCCUGAGAUGCCCACCACUGAGAUACAGAUCACCUACGUCACA